AUGCACAUAUCGUAUGAAGAGGUGGUCGGAAUCUUGCUGUUAAACCUCACCUCGAGUGAGCUGAAGCUUUUGGAUCAGUUCGAGGAUCCAGGAUAUGACAGGCGUGUAGUAGAUGUACGUACGACUGAUGGAAAGUCGGUUCCAGCGCGCAUCUGGGCCACUCCCAAUAGUAUGGCGGAUAACCUCGAUUUAGAGACCGAUUGGCAUUUCCGGCACUUUCUUGUUGAGGAUGAAGACUGGUAUGUCGAGAUGUGUGAGGAGUGGGUAGUUGACGCUGCUGCUGCAGAGCCUUGAUGUUUUUGGGUUAUGUACCCUUGUGAUGGACGAACAUAUAUAAUUACCAAGGGACUAAACCUCAGUUUGAAUAGGAUAGGUUGUGGUAUGUCUGGGUGCGACCAAAUUUCACAAUGCAAUAAAGCCAUAACUUGCAAUUGAACCUCUUUCAGAUAUGUUUUUUUUUCUCACUAAUUUUAAAACGCUUCUUGGCUAAAUUUUUCGUACUAUUUUAGUUUUGUUCAUUUGUCGAACACUUAGAUGAUUCAAGAUUGUACGGUGGCGACGUAGUCAGGAAUGGGCAAACACAUGGUGCAAAACAUUACGAAGCAGUUUUGAUGUUGCUGCAUGGAAGCGUGACAAAGAAUUUCCUGAGAACUAUUACAAACCGGCUGAGUUCAAUGAUUUUGACAGGGACUUGCCACGCAAGUUCAAGUUGAAUUUUGUGAACAAAGAUUCGUGUUUUGCCCUUUUACGACAAUUCGCUGUAGUAUAUGGUCUAUAUAUGACCCCUGAAAAAAUCAUUUGUGAUUGUUGCCGUUCCGACCUAAGAACCAGGAAGUACUUUCACACAAAAGUACCUUCUUCACUUCCGCCAGGAAUAUCGUGCGAAGAUUUACAUUUGCAGAAUCGAUUUCCAGACGCAACCACACUAACACAAAAUGUGAUUGCGUGAUUUGAUUUUGCCCAACAGCGUGAAAAAAGGUCGUUUGGUAA